UUUCUCUUUCUGUAGUAAGUAUAGUUCAAAAAGGAGGGAAACUAAACCCCAAACGCCAAAACCCUAAAAUAACUCCCUCUCCUUUCUUAUUUGUAUAGUUUUUAUUGUCUAGAUGGACUAACAUCUCUUCUUUACUUAAUUUUUCAUUUCUUGUCCUUCCUUGCUCUUUUCACUUUCUCAAUAAGCGUUUUAUUGGUUGGUUCUUGUUACUGGGUUUCAACUUCCACACCUUUCUAUGGCUAGGCUUAUUCGAAACGCUUCUUUGCUUAAACGUGCUCUCUUAGCACCGCAGGAUUUGCAGGGACUUAAGGGAGGAAUGUUGGGAGUUUCUUCUCAGUUUUGUAACUAUUCCUCUAAAGGUAAGAAGAAAUCCAAGUCAGAUGGAAGUGACUCCAGUGAAGAGAAUCUGUCGAAGAAAGAGCUUGCCUUACAGCAAGCUUUGGAUCAGAUUACUAGUUCAUUUGGGAAAGGAUCAAUUAUGUGGCUUGGUCGGUCUGUAUCUUCUAGACAUGUUCCAGUGGUGUCCACGGGUUCUUUUGCAUUGGAUUUAGCACUAGGAACUGGCGGGCUCCCAAAGGGACGUGUUGUGGAGAUUUAUGGUCCAGAGGCUUCUGGAAAAACAACUCUUGCACUACAUGUAAUUGCUGAGGCACAAAAACAAGGAGGUUAUUGUGUUUUUAUUGAUGCUGAGCAUGCUCUUGAUUCAUCAUUAGCUGAGGCUAUUGGAGUAAACACACAGAAUUUGCUUCUUUCACAACCUGAUUGUGGUGAACAAGCUCUGAGUCUUGUGGAUACCCUGAUCCGAAGUGGUUCUGUUGAUGUAGUUGUUGUUGACAGUGUGGCAGCUUUAGUGCCUAAAGGUGAACUUGAUGGUGAGAUGGGUGAUGCUCACAUGGCAAUGCAAGCUAGAUUGAUGAGUCAGGCACUUCGGAAAUUGAGCCAUUCUUUAUCAUUAUCACAGACCAUAUUAAUUUUUAUAAAUCAGGUGAGGGCAAAGCUCUCUACUUUUGGAGGCUUUGGUGGGCCCACUGAAGUUACAUGUGGUGGUAAUGCCUUGAAGUUUUAUGCUUCAGUUCGCUUAAAUAUUAAGAGAAUAGGGCUUGUCAAGAAGGGUGAAGAGACUGUUGGAAGUCAAGUACAGGUAAAGAUUAUUAAGAACAAACUUGCCCCUCCAUUUAAAACUGCCCAGUUUGAGCUGGAGUUUGGCAAGGGGAUAUGCCGAGAAGCAGAGAUCAUUGACUUGGCUCUAAAACAUAAAUUCAUAACCAAGUCUGGUUCAUUCUUUGGUCUUAAUGGUCAGAGUUUUCAUGGUAAGGAUGCCUUUAAAAGGUUUCUGUCUCAGAAUGAUAGUGUGAGGGAAGAACUUGUGACAAAGCUCAAAGAGAAGCUUCAAAUUUCUGACAAGGAACCAGAGGCUGGGGCUACUGAAGAUAUAGUUACACCUGAUAGUACUGAUGAGGAAGCAGUAACUGCAGUUGAAGCUUAGGGGUACAAAUGUCUUAACAUGGAAGCUCUCCUCCUCAUUUCUUGGGUGGGGUUCAUUAUUCUAUGGGAUCUGCAGUUGCCUCCUGAUUCAUUAGUUGCAUGUGGGAGUUUUGAAUUUCAGAGAUGAGACAGUGAAGGCCUUUUGCUCAUAACUGCAUGCUAUCCUGCUUAUGAUGAAUUGCUUAAGUUUGCGACUGAUAGUCUUUGUAAGUUGGAUGUGUCAGUGUUAUAUAUACCAGGUCAUUUAGUGAAUGAAAGUUUUGUGGGCCAGGAGCGACUUGGGAGAAAGCAGGCAAUUGUCCAAAUUUUCAAGAGUCAUCUUCAUUACUAAUUGUUAAAUGUUAGCUACAUUUUGUAUGUUGUGAAAUAGUAAUGGAAAUUGCAAGUCAUAAAAACAAUCUUAUUCCUUUUGUAUUUUCCCGUGCUGAUGGCAUUCUUUCUUGUCAUUGCAUUCUACAGCAAUUUCGUUGAAUUAUUAUACGCAUAUGAACAACGACCGUGUAAGAGUAACAGAG